UCGUUACGAGAGUCUCGUAUACACCGCUUACUAAGCAGCAAUAUUAAAUAAAGUUGCACCGAACUUACAAAUUACGAGCUUAGCAUACAUAUGCAUAUGCAUGCGUGAGCCACAUUUCUGUAAGGGCAUUUGAUAGUGUACUUUUGUCUGUUAAGGCGAUUUUGGGUGUAUUUAUAUUGUAGUCUCGUGACUUUCGUCAGCUGACAUUUUACUUGGUGUAAGACAAAGCACUGAUUAAACGUAACACGCAAUUAACGUAACAGAAAAUUAAACGUAACAGAAGUACAAUGGCUUUGCAUUCGGCAAUCAAAGGAAAGUUGAUCUCUGUUAUAGGGGACGAGGACACUUGUGUGGGAUUUCUUCUUGGAGGUAUUGGUGAAAUCAAUAAAAAUCGUCAUCCGAAUUUUAUGGUCGUUGAUAAAAAUACCGCAGUGAGCGAAAUUGAAGAUUGCUUUAAGCGUUUCUUAAAACGCGAUGACAUCGACAUCAUCUUGAUAAAUCAAACAUAUGCCGAACUUAUUCGUCACAUAAUCGAUGCACACACCUCGCCAGUGCCAGCAGUUCUUGAAAUCCCAUCAAAGGAUCAUCCCUACGAUGCCAGUAAGGACUCUAUUUUACGACGUGCACGAGGCAUGUUUAAUCCCGAGGAUUUGGUACGCUGAAUUAUAAAAUUGUUGCGCUACAUAUAUUUAAACUUGUUCAAUGUUUUAUAAUACCUUUAACCAAAGUGUUAAAUCUUGCAAAUUGUAUGUUGAAAGUAUUAA